GCUGUUGAUACAAGAUACAACUCUCUUUGAGGGAUUGCGCAAAUAUUUCAAUGGUUCUAAGUUUGCUUUUGUCAUGCAUAGGAAUAAUAAUCUUUGCCUGUUCCCAUUCGGUCGUUAUAUUUGGUUCGCUUGCAAAUUGGGCUAGGAUGGAAGUGAACUUUUUGUUGUAUGCGUCGUAUUUGUUCUCAGCUAACCUCCUUUUAAGCGAUCUAUUGGUUGAGCCAAUGUAUGUUAGUUUUUUGCUCGGGUUGGAUCUGGUGUCCUCUAGUGGGACUGUGUAAACUCCUGGUCUUCUGGCUUCGCUGCAUUUGUCCUUGGGAUUAGCCAGAAGUUUAUAAAUCGUAGAAGUGAACUUUUCAAGGGUUGCAUUUAUAUGCCAGAGUAGCUUUACCUUUUUGGUUAUGAAUUUAAAAGCGUGGCUCAUCCUAGGGUCAAAAUCGACUACAAUGUACUUACCUCGCUGCUUUAUAGGUUUGGAAUUGACCGCUUCGGUUGUUAAGCCUCUGUGUAUUUUUUGCGCAAGCCUAUCAAUUAAUUUACAGUUGUAACUGUGGGCUGUGGUGAGGUGCUUGAUGCGCUGGAUUUCUUGUAGUGCGCCCUUAAUGUUAGAGCAACGGGUAAAAGCUCUACUGAUUAGAGCCCUGAAAGCGGAUAUUUUAUAAGUAAAUAGGUCAUUCGAAGUUGCAGGGAUGAAGAAAGAUUGAAGAUUAGGCUUAUGGAAUAUAUUUGUGGUUAUACAACCAUGAUUCAGGAAUAUAUUGAGGUCAAGGAAAUGGGCCAUCCUAUCAUCCUGUUGGUCUAGCUUUAAUUUAAGUCCAAACAGGUUGUUGUUCACAAUCUCCAGUACAGCGUUUAAAUCCGGCUUGGAUCUCCAAAUGAUGAGAAGAUCAUCAGCAUAGCGCGUGUCAAGAAUGAUUUCUGCGUUGAAGGAUUCUAAGACUUUGCUAUCAAAUUUUCUAACAACUAAUUCACAGAGGUCUCCAGAGAGGGGGCUACCCAUUGGAACUCCCCUUCUUUGAAGAUAGAUUUGCUGGUUGAAGGUGAAGAAUGAGGUGUAGCACAUUAGAUGAGCUAGUUCUAAAACGUGCUUGUGGUAUUUAGGCUUGGGUGGAGAGGCUUGGAAGAAGAAAUCCCUAAGGGCACAGAAGAAUGGUUCCAAUUUAAUGGAAGGAUACAUAGCUUCAUUGUAAUAAAUUCCUGAUCCGUAAGAGCAAUAUUUUGUAACUUAGUGAUGAGUUCCCGAGUGCUCGAAACGGUGUAAGUAUAUUCUUUCAAAUGGUUUCUGAGGAGCUGAUGUAAAUCCUUCUCAAUAGGUAGGGUUGGAGAUCUUGAUUUGUCAACAAUCAGCCAGAUUUGCUUGCCUGGUUUAUGGGUUUUAGUAUAGCCGAAUAGCCGCGGAAACUCAGGUGAUUGCAUGGUAGCAGUUCCAAGUUGCAGGUGUUUAGCUAGUGGUGAGUUGGUGAAUCUGGUAACUCUAUUAUGGAGUUUGUCUAACUUGUAAGUAUCCUUCUUCUAUUGUUUGGCAUUCUGUAGAAUCGAUGUAUUCUUUGAGUAGCUUAGUGUAUGUAUGUUUCUUCAUAAGGACAACGUUUCUGCUUUUAUCCACUCUGGGCUUAAAUAUUUAAAAGCUGUGAAAGAUGAUUUUGAAGAAAAAUGGAACAAUGCUUUACCAAAUGAAGGAAAAUUAGAUGAUUUUAUCCAAAUGAAAACAUUAGGAUCAGGUUCCUUUGGUGUUGUAAAACUUGUCAAACAUAAAAAUACUGAAGAAUUUUAUGCUCUUAAAGUUUUAAGUAAGGAAGAGAUUGUAAAACUUAAACAAAUUGAACAUACUCUAAAUGAAAAGAAGAUAUUACAAAGUAUUAGUUUUCCCUUUCUUGUGAAGUUAAUGUUUUCAUUCAAGGAUAAUUCAAAUUUAUAUCUUGCACUAGAAUAUAUUCAAGGAGGAGAAAUGUUUACACAUUUAAGAAAAAGUGUAAAAUUCAGCGAAAAUCAAGCAAAAUUUUAUGCUUCUCAAGUUAUUUUGGCAUUUGAAUUUUUACACUCAUUAGACAUUGCUUACAGAGAUCUAAAACCAGAAAAUAUUCUCAUUGACCAUCUCGGCUAUAUUAAGAUAGCAGAUUUUGGUUUUGCUAAACGUUUCAAAGGUAGAACGUAUACUCUUUGUGGAACACCAGAAUAUAUUGCUCCUGAAAUCAUUCUUGGAAAAGGUUACAAUAAAGCUGUAGAUUGGUGGACUUGCGGUGUAUUAAUUUAUGAAAUGACUGCUGGCUAUCCUCCAUUUUAUGCAGAUAAGCCAAUUAAUAUGUAUGAAAAAAUAGCUGCUGGAAAGUUUCGUAUUCCUCCACAUUUUAGUGGCGAUCUUAAAAAUCUAGUCAAAAAUAUGUUGCAAGUUGAUUUGACAAAACGAUUUGGCAAUUUAAAACACGGCGUUGACGAUAUUAAGAAACACAAAUGGUUUAGUGACGUAAAUUGGAUUGCUGUCUUCCAUAGGAAUGUUCCAGCCCCAUUUGUCCCGAAGUGCAAAAGUCCUGGCGAUUCAAGUUAUUUUACAUCUGCAUUCGACGAGAAAGAUGUAAGAGUAUCGGAGACAGAAAAGUUUACUAAAGAAUUUGCUGACUUUUAAAAAUUAAAAAAUAUAAAUGUAAGGAAUAAAAAUACAUUGUAUAUAAACAUUUGCUAGCUACUUAAACUGAGAGAAAUGUUACAAAAUAAUAUAAGAUUAGACUAAUUUUCAUCUUAAUAUUAGAUCUAUAUAAAUAUAUUUUUAUAUGAAAGGACUGUUAUACUGAAAAAUGAAUCUAAUAUAUAUAAAAAUUAAAA